CUUGGCGGUAACCAAUAGAGGAGCAAUCGUACGGAGAGUAAUGUUACAGCUUUGAGAGCUCAGAGAGGAGACUGCGUAUCGCCACUGCCUCCACAUACAGCCAUUGCAUCACACUGAACCAGUACAAGCCAGCGAUAAAGGAAGAAAGAUGGGUAAAGAUCCAACGAAGCCCAGGGGCAAGAUGUCCUCAUAUGCCUACUUCGUCCAGACCUGCCGAGAGGAACACAAGAAAAAACAUCCUGAGGCUUCGGUCAAUUUCGCCGAGUUCUCCAAGAAGUGUUCUGAGCGAUGGAAGACAAUGUCAGCCAAAGAGAAAGGUAAAUUUGAAGAUAUGGCCAAACAAGACAAGGUCCGCUAUGAGCGGGAGAUGAAGAACUACAUCCCACCAAAAGGAGAGAAGAAGAGGAGGUUUAAGGAUCCCAAUGCCCCCAAAAGGCCUCCGUCUGCCUUUUUCAUUUUCUGUGCGGAGUUUCGACCCAAGGUCAAAGCAGAAACUCCUGGCCUGUCAAUUGGUGAUGUUGCUAAGAGGAUGGGAGAGAUGUGGAAUAAGACAUUAGCUGAGGAUAAACAGCCAUAUGAGAAGAAGGCUGCCAAACUGAAGGAGAAGUAUGAGAAGGACAUUGCAGCAUAUCGCCAAGGUAAGGGGGGCAAGAUGGGAGCAGCAGCUGCAAAAGCUCCAGCCAAAGUUGACCAAAAGGACGAUGACGAUGACGACGAUGAUGAUGACGACGAUGAUGAUGAUGACGAUGAUGAAGAGGAUGAUGAGUAGAUCAGUUACAUAUAUAGUUCAUAAUAGAGUUCAGUCUUGUUUAUAAAGCAGUUAACCCCCUGUAAACAUUUCACUUAUGACAAAAAAGUAAAAAAAAAACACAACAAAAAAAUAAGGCUGUGUAUAUGGUAUGUUUUUAAGCUGUACAGUUUCUUUUUUCCUUUUUGUAUAGUUAACACUACGAAAAAGUGUCAUCUGUGUUUGUAUUUUUCCUCUUUUUUAUUUUCUUAGUGGUAGCUCCCAAGCCACUAUCCUUCCGUGGUACAGUUAAUGGGGAUUGUAAAAUUGGCUUAGUCAGUGGAGUUCAUUAUGGUGCCCAGCACACAUCCUAGUUUCAUUUUGGGUAGCAGUUUUUACCCUAAUGUUUUUGUGUUUUAUUUUUUAUAAUUAAAAUUAUGAAUUAUCAUUAAAUGCUGUAUCAUAAAGUUCUUUUACUGUACUUUGAAUACCACUGUAAUUGCAACAGUAAGAAAAAUUGCAGCUGUGGUUGUUGACAUUGACAUGCUUUGACGUCAAUAAACUUUUUUUUAAUAAGGAAAUAAUGUGUCACUAUUGACAGUUUAUCUCAUUGAUGCAUAGAUAUAUCAUUUAUUAGUGAUUACUAGUUGACAUUAAUAAAUUCUGAUUAACAUGAGUCAUGCAUACUUAGAAAGAAUAUUAAUAUUACAGGAAAAGAUAUCAAUUGCAUAAACUGUCAGUAAACUGAAGUUUCAAAAUUAGUGUUGCAGUUCAAGUGUGACCUCCAUUCAGUUCCAAGUGGUGGCACUGAUUGUUUUGGUUGUCAAAUACUAUAAAAAGCACUGUGUGAAAUAUGUUUUUGUCUGUAAUUUAUUUUUAAGAGUAGCAAUGUCAGACCCACUAGUGAUCCAGAUAUGAUCUGCAGAAUAAAAGGCCAUAUCAUUUAGGAAUGUGGUGAAAGAAUAUUACUUGUGCAGUAUGAACAUAUUGUAGUUCAGGCGUCUUGACUAAAUAUUUAGCCUUAACAGAUCAAAUGUAGUCAACUGGUUUACUUGGUGAGCAGCUGUAAAAAGUUAUAUAUGGGCUACAUUUCACUUGAAAACUAUGAGGCCAAGGAGAACUGUACUAUGCCCCCUCAAGUUAAUAUUUUAAACCUGGGCUGCAUCUAACAUGAGCCACCUGCUGUUCACUUAUUCUCACUACAGUUGGGGAAAAAAAGCUUAGCAUGCCACCUACUGGUCAAGAGUAGUUCCUUCCAUGUAGCAAUGUUCACAUAUCUGUAUGCAACUUAAAAUAAAUGUGUAAAUUGA